UCUGCCCGCGAUAACCAGUUUGCACAACAUUUUUUGGAUCAUUAAGCUUCCCAGAUACAUUUCGUGCAAAAAAUGAAUAAAUUAUGAGUAACAACGAACGAUUUGUGCGUUAAUGUUUAUUCGUCAGGUCUCAUCUCAAGUGAAUCCAACAAUUAGUACGAAACCAUUUUUUUUUACUUCUUACAUUUUUUACAUAAGAAAAACAGACCAACAUGAGUUCUGUUCGUUGUUGCUUAACCAAUGCCUGUCGUAUUGCAUCUUCGAAUCAUGUGACAAAUCACGUUCACAAAAUUGUAAGAGUGGCUGUAAUCAGAUCAUUGACAGUUGGUAAUACUUUGGGAAAAGCACCCUCUGAACCCACUCCACCUGGUAAAGAUAAAGAUAACAGUAGUGGUGUGUCAUCCGUUGGAAAUGGUGGAGGAAAGAAAAACACGCUUACAUGUCCAAAAUGUGGCGAUCCUUGUACACACGUAGAAACUUUUGUGUCAUCAACGAGGUUUGUUAAGUGCGAGAAAUGCCAUCAUUUUUUUGUCGUUCUAUCAGAAGUAGAUUCAAAAAGAAGCCUCAAAGAAGCUUUAAGACCAGAUGACACGAAACAAGGAUUUUAUAGAAAACCACCACCUCCACCAAAAAAGAUUUUUGAGUACCUAAACAAACAUGUUGUAGGUCAAGAAUAUGCCAAAAAAGUUUUGAGCGUUGCUGUUUAUAAUCACUACAAACGAAUUUAUAAUAACUUUCCAGUGCAGAAUUCAAUGCAAGGUUCUAUGAAUACAAGUGGUACACAAGAUUUGAAUCAUCCAUUCACUCAUAGAGGUCUUAAACCACACUUAUUACAUAUUUCAACGAUCGGAAAUUCACUUGGUGUUGGAUUCCAACAAUAUCCUACAGGAAACGAACAUAAAUCAACUGAAAAUCAAUCAAUUUCCGGAUCUGACAUCCUCGAUAGUAAGCAGCAUCAAUUGAAACUAGAAAAAAGUAACAUCUUGUUACUUGGUCCGACUGGUAGUGGGAAAACACUACUUGCGCAGACAAUAGCUCAAUGUCUGGACGUACCUUUUGCAAUUUGUGAUUGCACAACACUGACACAAGCGGGAUACGUCGGUGAAGAUAUAGAAAGUGUUAUCGCAAAAUUACUUCAGGAUGCUAAUUACGUAGUGGACAGAGCGCAAAUGGGUAUUGUGUUCUUAGACGAAGUUGAUAAAAUUGGCGCUGUUCCCGGUAUACAUCAACUACGGGAUGUUGGUGGAGAAGGUGUCCAACAGGGAAUGUUAAAAAUGCUAGAGGGUACGAUUGUGAACGUACCGGAAAAAAAUAGCUCUAGAAAAUUGCGCGGGGAUACGUUGCAAGUCGAUACUACAAACAUUUUAUUUGUUGCUUCCGGCGCAUACAACGGAUUGGAUAGAUUGAUUUUGCGGCGUAAAACUGAAAAGUAUCUGGGAUUUGGUGCGCCGCUAUCUUCCGAGAGUCCAGGGAGAAGAGCUGCAAAUUUAGCAGAUGUUGCAAACAUGUCAUCUUCUACGAAAAAAGACAACAAAGAGAAGGAUUUGCUGUUACAACAAGUAGAAGCAAGAGAUUUAAUUGAUUUUGGUAUGAUUCCUGAAUUUGUUGGCCGAUUUCCAGUCUUGGUGCCGUUUCACACCCUCAAUAAAGAUAUGCUCGUUAGAAUACUUACCGAGCCUCAAAAUGCCAUGGUUCCUCAAUAUCAAAUGUUAUUCUCGAUGGAUAAGGUAGAAUUGACGUUUACCACGGAGGCUUUAAAUGCAAUAGCAUCAUUAGCAAUGGAAAAGAAAACAGGUGCAAGAGGACUGCGAGCUAUCAUGGAAUCACUGCUUUUGGAACCCAUGUUCGAAGUGCCGGGUAGUGAUGUAAUGACUGUCCAUGUAACUGAAGGAUGUGUACGAGGACAAGAAAAACCACAGUAUAUCAGAAGAGGUGAUGUUACCGAGGAGGAAUUACACGCUCAGCAUAUACAUAAUUAACAAAUAAUUCGUACUAAAGAUGCACCACACAUUUGAUCGAUUUUUUGAACAGAUUGUUCAAAAAUGUAUCUUACGAUCAUAGUUUUCGAUCUAAUGCAAAUUUGUACAUAAUAUGUGCGUCUUUAACGAAACACUAUAGGGGGGUUACAUUGAAGACAAGAGAGGUCGAAAUGAAAAUAAUACUAGAGACUUUACAGUUAUGAUUAUUCUGUAUUAACUUAUACAGAUAAAUUGAAUCAGUUAUGGCAUGUAAUUUAUUUUGUGUUCAAACAAUUUGUAACAAUAUCAAAUAUUUUGUUAUUGAAUUGUUUUUAAAUAUAUACAAAUGCGUGCGUAUAUACAUAUUUCCACUUAUAAAAGUGAACGAAAAUUUCAUUGUAAUUAUAAUAGAUUGAGAAAUCAUUUAAAUCAAAAACAAAACACUUGGACUAUUAUGAAAAAAUAAAUUGAAUACAAUGUUUUUGCAUCUUACAGUUAUGAUAUCUAUGCGUCUAUUUUACACGUUAUUGUAACAGAUAGAAAACGAAAUUAGUAGUAUCUGUCAAUACAUAAGUAUUGUACAAUAUCGUGUAUUUUACAUAUAUAUAUAUAUAUAUUUGUAAAUGAUUGACAUAUGUAUCGCACUAAAGUAUGCAAAACAAUUAUAACUAUACAAUCGAGAUUACACGAAAUUAGUACAAAUUCAUCACGUAUUGUUACACAAAUACACACCUUGUACACAACUGUAAGAACGUAUCAAAUUGAUUCAAUAGACUCUCUUUUAUUUUGAAAUUAUUUUUCAAAAUAAUUAGACCACUUUGAACAAGAAUUUAGGAAAAAAUGUUUUUAUGAUACAUUAAACCAUAUUAAACAAGCUAUGUUUAAGUUUUAAAAUUAAAAAUGAAUGUGUUGAUAUAUAUAGGUCGUACAUUUUAAUAAUGUAUCAGAUAAAAUGGGAAAGAAAUUAAAAUUUUAGAAAUCGUAUGUACUUCCUGAAGAUUUAGAAUUAUUGAGCAUUAGUUGAUAGAUAUUUCCUCAAAUUGUUUCAUUUUAUUUUACGUAUACUAGAUGUAUAAAUGAAAGGCUGUGUAAUAUAUGAUGCAAGUUAAAAAAAGAAACUGUAUACAUAUACAAUUGUAAACAAAUGUUGAAAGUAAAUAUUGUGUGAUAUUGGUUUUCA